ACCUGUUGCACGCGGAGGGAAACGCCUCCUCUUCCUCCUCUGCUGUGGUGCUUCAGCGGAGUUUCUGCACUUUCACCUCCGUGCUGUCUGACCACUGAACGCGGCGUGGACAUGGCUUCGAACCGGGUGAUCGUGUACGGCGGGCGCGGCGCCCUGGGAUCCAAAUGCGUCCAGCAUUUCAAAUCCCAAGGAUGGUGGGUCGCCAGCAUCGACAUGGCUGCUAACGAGGAGGCGAAUGAAAACGUGAUUGUGAAGAUGAGCGAGUCCUUCACCGAGCAGGCGGGACAGGUGACGGCAGAUGUGGCCCAGUUGCUGGGGGAGCACAAGGUGGAUGCCAUCUUGUGUGUGGCGGGUGGAUGGGCUGGAGGAAACUGCAGUUCUAAAGACUUGUACAAAAACACAGACUUGAUGUGGAAGCAGAGCGUGUGGACCUCCACCAUCUCCAGCCACCUGGCCUCUCUGCACCUGAAGUCUGGGGGGCUCCUGACUUUGGCCGGGGCAAAGGCAGCCCUGGCAGGAACUGGGGGCAUGGUGGGCUACGGCAUGGCCAAGGCCGCCGUUCACCAGCUGUGUCAGAGUUUGGCAGCCAAAAACAGUGGGAUGCCACCAGGAGCUGCGGCCGUCGCUAUACUGCCCGUUACCCUGGAUACGCCCAUGAACAGGAAGUUCAUGCCCAACGCUGACUUCAGUUCCUGGACGCCGCUGGAGUACAUCGCAGAGACGUUCUUCAAGUGGGCUGCAGGUGAGAACAGACCUGCCUCAGGAAGCCUCAUGCAGCUUCUGACCUCUGACGGCCAAACCCAGGCCGUGGCUGCUCAGUAGAGAACAGCCGGGGGGGUCUGAUAGGCAGGGGAUAGAUGGAACCAAAGAGGAUGGGGUGGAGCAGAGCAGAGCUGGUGAAGAGUGGGAGAGAAGAUUGAUAAGGAUGGGAAGAAGAGGAGAGAGCAGGAUGGAGGAAGAGCAGACUCACAGUGCCAUCUAGUGACAAAUCACUACAUCUGUCCAGGUUUAACACAGCCGUCAAACCUCCCAACUGUUCUUCCUGAAGGACCAUCAGGAGGUAAUGGUCCUGCAGAGCCGCAGACAUCUGUGUGCUAAAUGAGAUGUUUCAGUGUAUGUUUGAGGCUGCUGUAGAGCCACAGCAGCUAAUAAAGUCGUACUUGUGAUGCUUUACCGUGUGUGACGUCAUAUCAGAGUAAUUCUGUCGUGGCAGUGUUAUUACAGCAGAUUCAUGUACUAGAAUCAGCAGAGCUUUGCCAGUUCUCCAUCCUCUGAAGGGCCUUUCCUACCGGCUUACACAGCUCCAGCAUCAGGUGUUGGUUCACUGUCUACACUCUGGAGUUCCUCUGCUCCUGUGGAAACUCCACAGAUGAAUCCCACCGUCUUCUCUAACACACCAAGUGUUUACAAAUGGAGUGGCCUUAUUUUCCUUUGCAGCUCUGAAGUGUCCUUCAUGCUGUUGGCAUGUCUGAAGUGUCCCGGUGAUGUUGAUUUGUCCUGUAGCGGUCCAACAUGUGAUGCCUCCAAAAUAAAACUACUAUUUUAAAAAUUCA